UCUCGCUCCUCUUGUGACUUUGGUACUGCCUGAACCAAGACCAUGGACAGUGGCAAGUGGAUAAAGUUUACCAUUGUUUUCAGCCUUCCUCUAAUUUUUCAGUUCUGCACUGGGAACAACGUCACUGACGACUAUGACCCUAACACCACCAUCGAUUACACUCUGUUCGAGACCCUGUGCGAGAAGGAGGAGGUCCGGAACUUCCGUGCUGCCUUCCUCCCAGCCAUGUAUUCCCUCAUCUGCUUCAUCGGGCUGCUGGGGAACGGGCUCGUGAUGCUGACCUACAUCUACUUUAAGAGGCUCAAGACCAUGACGGACAUCUACCUGCUGAAUCUGGCCUUGGCAGACAUCCUCUUCCUGCUCACCCUCCCCUUCUGGGCCACAAGCGCAGCCAUGUACUGGCUUUUUGGGGAGUUUGCCUGCAAAGCCGUCUACUGCAUCUGCAAGAUGAGCUUCUUCAGCGGGAUGCUGCUGCUCCUGUCCAUCAGCAUCGACAGGUACUUCGCUAUCGUUCAGGCCGCCUCCGCCCACCGCUUCCGGCCCCGGAUGAUCUUCAUUAGCAAGGUCACAUGCAUCCUCAUCUGGCUCCUUGCCUUCAUCCUCUCCAUCCCCGAGCUGGUUCACAGCGGCAUAAACAACUCAGACAGCCACCCGCGUUGCUCCAUCAUCGCUACUGACUUGCAGACAUUUAGCACUGGUAUCAAGGUGUCCCAAAUGGUUUUUGGCUUCUUAUUUCCCCUACUUGUCAUGUCUGUCUGCUACCUCAUCAUUAUCAAAACAUUACUCCAGGCCCGCAACUUUGAGAAGAAUAAAGCUAUUAAGGUCAUCAUUGCUGUGGUAAUAGUCUUCCUCGUCUUCCAGCUGCCCUACAACGGGGUCAUGCUGGCCAAGACCAUCUCAGCUUUCAACCACACCAGCUCAUGCGAGGAGAGCAAGAAGCUGGACAUGGCAGACGACGUGACCUACACCCUGGCCUGCUUCCGCUGCUGCCUCAAUCCUUUCCUUUACGCUUUCAUUGGCGUCAAAUUCCGCAACGACCUCUUCAAGCUUCUCAAGGAACUCGGCUGCCUGAGCCAAGAGCGUCUCUGGCAGCUCUCUGCCUGCCGGGAGAGCAAGAGGUUUUCUGCAGCCAUGGAGACAGAAACAACUACCACUUUCUCACCGUGA